AUGUAUGCCGUCAGCGUUUCACUCGGCGCGUCGAGUAGCUACGUCGCCGUCGCACCAGUGAGCAGCACCACCGGCACGGCUGCGGUGUCCGACGCAGCUCCCAUCAAGGUUAUUUCCAACUCCAGUGGCCAUCGCAAUACCCCUGUCGUGGCGGCGUUGACAGAGCAGGAGUUGCUCUUUGGUGACAACGCGCUCCACCAGUACUCGCGCCAGCCUCAGAAAGUGGUGCCUUACCUGUUCACCUACGCCGCCGCUGCCGCCUCGAUAGCGGAUGCGCAGCAUGUGCUGGGGACAGAGGCAGAGUACGCAGUGGAGCCGGAGGAUGCCACGUCGGAUCUGCUGCGGGUCGUUGAGGCCGCCGCGAAUCAGAAGUACAACGGUCACUGCCGGCUCACCCAGGCUUCCUCUGGCACGCGGCAGCUCGGGUUCGAGUACACGUCAGAGUCAGGCGGCGAGCUGGCGGAGAGCUUCAUCUCCGCUGAGGAGCUUUUUAUUCGUUUCCUAAACUACGUCAAGGAGCACUCCAUAGACGGCGCGUGUGGACUGACAACAGCCACCGGCGGUGAUAAAGCCAUGUCGAGCUCGACAAAGCUCUUUCUGACGCUGGUGGUGCCACGCUACGCAUUUCCAGGUGCGACCGACAAAGCCCAUGUCGCGCACUGCGGCAGAGCUGUGGAGUGGCUGAAGGAGGCGGUGCAGUCGUCGCAUCUAGGCCCCGUCGUGCUGAACACGAGUGUCGUCUUCAGCGAUGAGGCGGCGGGGAUUGCGUACGAUGCCGCCACGCAGGAGCGCCGUGUGCCGCGCGUGCUCUCCACCGCACCGCACAAUGUGCUCGUGGUGGACUGGGGAGCACAUGGUUUGUGCCUAUCCUUGUUGUGCUCCCGCGGUGGCGUUCUUGUCUGCCCUCCGCCGCACCACAACGUCCCCUACCGCUGCUUCACAAAGGGGAGCGCUGCCGUGGGUGAUGGCUACUUCGCCGUAGGCACCGGCAGCGGCGGCGACGCGCUGGACGUGGCACUGGCCGAAAGGGUGGCAGCGCAGUACAUGACUCAGCAGCGGCGCCUCUUCGCGAGUCCAUCGCGCAACUUCAAUGCUCUGCUGCGCCUCAACCACGCGCUACCCACCAUCGGGUCGACCGAGCACCCGGCCACCGGACUUCUUCAUGAGGCGAUCCCGUCCCGGGCGAUGCACCGUCUUGUCCUGCUGAUGGCGGAGAAGAAGGUCUCGCUCAACACAAACCCGCAAGCCACCUCCGUUUCGGUGGAGGUGGAGGCCUUCUACGAAGGAAUGGACCUGAUUGACACGCAGACGCUGACAAAAAACAAGAUGGACAACGCCAUUCGAAGCGAGUGGGGACUGUUGGACAUGUUCAACACGGCCGUGCGCACCUUUGCGGAGAAGUACAAGGACACGUGGACUGAGGGGUUUGUGGAUAUGGUCCUGCUCGCGGGCGGCAUGUGCCAGAUGCCCUCCUUGACAAGGCUGCUCGCCGCCUCCAUUCAGUCACCGGAGCAGCGGUCGCUUUUCGCAGCUGCGGUGCGCGUCUUGGACUCGAGCCUCAUGGGGAGCGGCGUGUGCGCCGAUGAGCUGCUCUCUGUCGGCGGGUGCCACCAUAGCUGUCGCGUGGCCGGAUGCUACAUGAUGCAGCGGCUCGCCACAUCCAGACAGUCACGCAAGAGCGCUGGCAAGCUGCAGGCCGCCGUCGCCGCGCAAGCCGCCGAGGCGGCCACCAGCGUCUGGGAUGCCCUAACGAAAGAUGACGAUGGCGAAAGCAGUGACGGCGAGGAUGAAAAGCCGGAGGAGCUUAUGAGCGACCCCCACUGCGGCGUGUUUCUCGCUGGAAACGUGUACUUGUACGUCGGCGACACCACAGCGCUGACCUGCGCGGCGACCCAGCAGCUGCCUUGCGCCUCGUUGCGUGUGUUGCUGGCACACUCGGCGGCGCUGCCCUGCCGCGUCGCUAUUCCGUGGUCUCCGACAUCUCCUGAGGCGCGAACAGUGCUUUACCUCUUCACGGAUGCGCACGGCCCAUCAUCGACAGACUCGGCGGGCGACCUUGUGGAGGUGCGCCCAGUGAACAGCGCUGGCCUUGUUCUCCAUGCUGCCGCUGCCCUGGCGCGCGGUGAAGCAGUUGGCUCCCUCUGCAUCACGUUCACGGCGCAGGCAAAGUGGAACGAGAUGUCGGAAAGGGAAGUGCAGGUGAGCGUGCAGCUGGUGCGCGUGCCCAGUGUCGGUGGUGCUGACAUUUCAUCACUGGUGCUCACCCCCGGUGUUCUUUGCAGCUCGUAUGGGUUUGUCCUCCAAUGA